UUGUUCACUUCGCUUAGGGGCUCGCGCUUCCUGCCUGGCCGUCGGUUGAACGGGAGAGAUGUGAGAGUGGUGCGUGAGAACGAGAGAGAAAGAGGGAGAAGUAUUUAUGCUCCAGCUUACUCCAUAUGAUAGCUUUAUGAGAUUGAGGAGAGAGAGUUAGGAGUCUUGAAGUCAACCUGAUUAUGUCCAUGACUUCAUUGCGGUGGAUAGAAAGAGCUCUAUACGCUUUUUCUUAGAUGGUCCUAGUCCGCGCUCAGUCCUUCGGUUGACCAUCCAUUCGUCUCGCUUAUAGACGUUAGUAAUCGGUCAUUGGUCAUAAACUGAAGCACCGAAUUCUGAUCAGAAACCCGGUAUUAGCUGCACCGCCUUCCAUUUCGCAACCGUUAAGAUGUUCAGCAGCUUCCGUGCUGCUGCCGUCUACGUCAGUCUUCGUCUACGUCUACCACAACACACUUUAAGCAACUGCAACCCCGUCUUCUAACCUAUUGCGCCUGUAACUGUAAGAGUUUUUUAGAAUUCUCAAAAACCUACUCUUUUCCUGAAAGGGAUCUCCGAGGCUUCCACGUCGGAUACACCUCCCAUGUCGGCCGUAUGGAGGCGGUGCCUCUUAAUUAUUUCCCCGCUGGCAGACGAUCGGAGUCGCAGGUGACGGAGUUAAAGCGCGAAAUGCUGUUUGCGGAACCAGUGAGGGGAGAUCCGGUACGGGAGGCGACUGUAGGACAGUUAGCGGCAGCAGGGGGGAAAGGAGGAGGAGGAAGAGGAGGAGGAGGAGGAGGAGGAGGAAGGGGGGGGGAAGGGAGAGGAGGGAGAGUGGAAGCAGAAGGACUGACAGCAGCAGUAGCAGGAGCAGAUGCGCACAAUGGGUCAAACGCCCUCCCUUUGUCGCAUCCAUUCAGCUCAAACCCGAUAGAUCCCAUCUCCACCGAAUCACACUCCAGCGUUGGAUCAGGCUCCUUAGGGAAGGAGCAUCAACCUUCCGAGGCAGCAGCGGGUAGGGCGGUGCUGCUGGUACCAACCCCUGCGAGCACGCAUGGGGAUAGCUCCCCUGCUUUCAGCUCUCUGUCCAACUCUUCCCGCUCCGAAUACACUAUACCUCCACUGUCUUCCAUGCAACUAGCAGAGCAUCAGCAACACCACCACCACUAUCAGCAGCAGCAGCAGCACCAGCAGCACCAGCAGCACCAGCAGCGCCAGCAGCAGCAGCAGGAACGGCAGCCGCGAUUGCUUCCCGUACCUCCUGACGCUAAUUCCCAGUCACAGCAGCAGCAGCAGCGUAGGACCCGAUCAAGCAGCCGGCUUCUCUUCAAAUGUCCCACUGACGUUCCUCGGGGGGCAGUUGCUUCUGAUGCUUCUGAUGCUGCUGCUGCUGUCAGCGCUGAUAAUACCCUCAGCACUGCUGCAGCUGCUGCAUCAGCAGCAGCAGCCGCAGCAGCAGCAGCAGCAGCAGCAGCAGAAUCCAUGGCAAACGGUGGUUCGACCAUGAUUCCUCCUACUGCUGCUGCUGCUGCUGCUGCUGCUCCUGCUGCUGCUGUUCAGAUGCCUCCUGAAGAUUCUGUGGUGAAAACGGUCGGGCGGACCUUAUCGCUGUCGGACGCCUCUGGGCAGCUGAAAGAGAUCUUCGCUGGGCAGCUGAAAGAACACUUAAGCGGGCAGCAGCAGAAAGAGAGCUCCAGUGUCAAGCUGAAAUCGCUAACAUCGGCUUGCGUUACCACCCCCGCCGGCAAGGAGUAUGAUAUUGUGGCGGUUAGCUUCUGGCUGGCCGCAUUGCAGGAGGGGUGCCCGUUAGUGAAGCUGUCUAAAGCGGGGAUGGGGAAAGGCCAGCCGAGAAUCUUCAUGGUGGUGGUGGAAAGUGGAGGAUCGUUGUCCCUUAAGUGGGAGAAGCACGGUCUUAUGGGAAAAGUGGCAAGAUCAGCCCAGCUGCUAUCUACCGAAGCCACCAACGCGGCUGCUUUGGAGUUUCUGAUGGAAACCUCUGCAGGGGCCAUAUUUGCAAGAGCGCCGUCAGAAGAGUGGUUCGUGAUCUGGACUGAAGGCAUGAUCUCUGUAUUCGAAUACGCUCGCUCUGUUGGGGCGGGGAGCAGAGCGCGCAAGUGAUUCCUCCAUGCAUGUACUCUUUAACCGCCUCGAAGCAGGCACGGUUUCCAUAUUCGACUUUUGAGUCGACACUCACAAGUCUCCUCGGGGCGGGGAGGGGAGCAGAGAGCUCAAGUAGUUCCUCGGGGCUUGUACGUUUUCACCACCUCGAAGAAGGCAUGGGUUCUAUGUUUGAAUACGCUCGGCCCAUUGGCGUGGGGUAGGGAGCAGACAGCAGACAUGAGUCUUUCAGCCUGGUGUCAGGUUCGGCCUGGCAGCGGUCUGAGGAUGAGGGGCACAAGAGGGUGGUGGUGAAUCGCGAGACUGGUCUGACCCAAGGCCAUGGGUGGGAAGGGACCCAGUGGUGAGACGUGGCAUGGCAGCAGAACUGUGUUAUUAUUACCUACUGCUUUUGAGGUGCCUCAAAGCUAUUACCUACUGCUACCAUAUCACACGCCUGACUGGCCCAACCCAAAGCCGUGAGACGGUGGGAGCCCUUCGGGAAGGGGAAUGUGGGGUGGGUUGUCGUUUUGUUGAGGUGUGCAUAGGUAGGUACUUUAUUGCAUGCGUGUAUCAUGACAAACUGUCAUGCGCAUGGUAUUAACCAUGCGAGGUACACUACACAGAGGAUCCAUAUGUUUCAAGUGGGUGGGUGGGUGCUUCUGUCAAAUAUAUGUAUAACUCACAU